AUGAGUGCGCAGCUAACCGCACUACUUGGUGAUGAAUGGUAUGCAGUUUAUGCAUCUAUAACAUCAAAUCUUAAUACAAUUGGUUUAUUUUCUCCAAUUGCUUAUUUUCGUACAUUACCACGUCAACCUGAACCCAUACUUAAUUUACGUGGUGAAUCAUUAUCUCGUUCAACUAUUGAAUUAGUAUGGCAACCACCAUCAAAACCUAAUGGUCCAAUAACAACUUAUCUUGUUUAUUAUGCACCUAUGGAAGAUCGUUUACCAGUAAAUAAUUCGAAAUUACUUUGUUUAAUGAAAGAUCGUUGGCAAUCAGAAAAAAAUGUUCCACUUAAUCACUUAAAUCUUACAGAAUCAGUACGAUGUGGACGACCAAAAUUCCGUGGAUCUAAUUUGAAUGCAAAUAAUGAUGAUGAAACAGAUGAUGAAGAUGAAGAAAAUACAAGUAUUGAUCAAGUUGUUACUGAUUUAUCCAUACUUGAAUAUCAACUUAUUAAUUCUGUGAGUCAACGAAAAGAUCCAUUAUUUAUUCGUCCAGAACUUAAAGAUACAAUUAUAAAUGACUUAGAUCAUUAUUUUGAAGAUAAAAGUAGUGCAUUUAAUGACAAUUAUAAAUCAGAUUCUCUCGAACAGCCCGUUGUUGAACAUAAACCAUAUAUUGAUCAAUAUAAUCAAUCUGUAUCCGACACAAGAAUUAUUAUUGAUAAUUUAAAAGAAGCACAAAUGUAUAUGUUUCAAGUAUUUGCAUGUCAUGAUAUAUCAAAACAAUCUUUAUCUGAUGCUUGCAGUCUUAAUGGUAUUAUAUUAGCUGUUAGAACAAAACCUGGUGAUCCAUCACGUGAUUUAGUACGUAAUGUUCAAGUUGUUGCUCCAAUAGAAGGUUCUGAUCAUUUAACAGCUAAUACAAAAUCAUUUACUUAUCAAAUAUCCUGGGAAGAACCAUUAGAACCAAAUGGACUUAUUUAUUUUUAUAUUAUUUAUAUUGGACAAAAUAGUAAUAAUGGACCAAAAGAAGAACGUUGUAUUGGACAUGAUGUUUAUUCAACAAAUGUAACACUUCUACCACGAACAACAUAUUGUUUAAGAAUAAUUACAUAUACAAUAGCUAGAUUAAAUAAUGAAUAUGGAGAUAAAGAUCAAAUCAAUGGUGAACAAUCUUCAUUUAAUUCAACAAAUUUAUUUUUUGAGCUAAUUUUUACAACAAAAGAUUUACCAAGUAAUGAAUUAACUCGACAAAAUCGUUUAUUAGCAUUUAUAUUAAUAGUUGGUUUAACUACACUUUUAUUAUUAUUUCUAAUUGGUGCGUUACUUUAUUAUUAUAAAUAUGGUCGAAGUGAUAUGAAAGCUUCGAUUUCAAAAAAUCCAAAUUAUGAAUUGUAUACACCUGAUCGAUGGGAAAUUGAUAAAGAUUCUGUUACAUUAGAUAAACUUAUUGGCCAAGGUCAUUUUGGUCAAGUUUAUCAAGGUGUUUUGAAAUUACAAGAUGGAACAUUAAAACCAUGUGCAAUUAAACUUCGAACAACACAUCCAACUGAUUUAUUACAAGAAGCAUCAAUAAUGAAACAAUUUCGAUGUUAUCAUGUAAUUCAAUUAUAUGGAAUAUGUUCACGUAUUCGACNGGUGUCUUUUUUGUGA